GGAGGAGGGAGGAGGGGGGGGGCAUAAGGCACACAGCAGCAGCAGCAGCAGCAGCAGUACAACACCCCCUCGUAUAAACGGGCAGCGUCAGUACUAAGGUGGGCGGCCGUGGUGCGGUACUCUGGUGCGGUGAGCGCGAUGUCCAGGGAGUGCCCCUGGUUUCGCGUUGGUUGAUAAUGCACACUUGUGUUCAACGUACGGCACUGUUUGAUCGUUUGAAUACUAGGUAGAUUUGGUGGGGGAUUAAUUUAUGUUUAUUUUUCAAAGUUUUCCGGUCAGUGUUUGGGGUCGGGGGGCUGUUGAUGAAUUGCGGAGAUGGAGUGAUUUUUUUUUGCCAGAGUCAGUGGAUGUUUGGGGGAUUGUGAAAGGCUUGUGGGGGGAUGGGAUGGGCUGGAAUUUUUUUUGGAAUUGACGGCUGAUCUGUUGAACAUUGAUUACGGCAACGGGAGAGGCACUUUGGUGAUGUGAAGGGAUUAUUUUUUCACCUUUCCGCAAUAUUUAAAGGCACCUUGGAAUAUGAGCGGUGGGCUAUCGAGCCGGGAGUGUUGCUGUCCCGAAUACGUACUGGCUAGUCUGGGGGUGGGCUUAGCCGUCAGGGUUUUUGCCCAUUUUUUCUAGCCAAUUAGAGGUAUAAACAUGGGGGCAUGGCUCGAUUUGUGAGUGAAUUGGCCGUCAUGGAACUGAUCGCGAUUCAUGGAUUCUGGAGGAUUGUUUGGCACGGUGAUGAUGACGUUAGUGGUUAUUUUGAUGGGGGGGUGGUGGGAUGUGGGUAUGUCGAUGGGAGUUGGAAGUGUGAGGAUAUGUGGAUUGAGAGUGGUGAACGCGGAUGACCGGGUGGACACCGGAUUGUUUGAGGAGAUACUCUGGUAGCCGUGACACAGACCAGUUUGGACUGGUGGAUGUUGUAUCGAGGGUGAAGAUAUCGUUUAUCGUUCGGCAGUUAGAGGAUUUAUUCAGUCAGUUGGUGAGGGCCAUUUAGCAAUAUUUGAGGGGCUUCAUUGUGACAGUGGGGGAGACGUGCUUGGUGUGCAGGAAGUCGUCGCUGGGAUGUUGAGACGAUUGCCGAGGAGUGAUAUUGUUGGGACCGUUAAACGGCGUGAGCCACGUUCACCCAGUGACGCGUCAUCCUGCAUUCAAUAUAGGCUACCCGGCGUCCGGUAGCUCGUCCCUACACUCUCAUCGACGCCCCUGGGCAAUGUGCCCACCCGCCGGCAACGCAACGGGUGGACACGGCGUACGAUGGUCAGGGAUGCUUGGACUGACGACGGUGGGAAAGGCUGGUGGCGAUUGUGGUCCAGGUUGGGCGGAUUUCUGGCGAUGGCGCUCGCUAUUUCAUUAUUCACAGUGCCAUUACCAAGUGCGAGCGCCAAUCCUGACGCUAAGAGACUCUACGAUGAUCUAUUGUCAAACUAUAAUCGCCUUAUCCGACCAGUUGGUAACAACAGCGAUCGACUCACUGUCAAAAUGGGACUGAGGUUAUCUCAACUCAUCGAUGUCAACCUGAAAAAUCAGAUAAUGACGACGAAUGUAUGGGUAGAACAGGAGUGGGAUGACUACAAGCUCAAGUGGAAUCCAGAGGAGUACGGAGGGGUGGACACUAUUCACGUGCCAUCUGAACACAUUUGGCUGCCUGAUAUUGUUCUUUACAACAAUGCGGACGGUAACUACGAGGUGACGAUAAUGACCAAGGCGAUUCUACAUCACUCUGGCAAAGUGAAAUGGAAACCACCGGCAAUAUACAAGUCCUUUUGUGAGAUUAAUGUUGAGUAUUUUCCAUUCGACGAGCAAACAUGCUUUAUGAAGUUCGGCUCGUGGACGUACGAUGGUUAUACGGUUGAUCUACGGCAUCUUGAACAGGGCGAGGACUCAAAUACAAUCGACCUCGGUAUUGAUUUAACCGACUACUACAUCUCCGUAGAGUGGGACAUAUUAAAAGUGCCUGCAAUGAGAAACGAAAAGUUUUACAUAUGUUGCGAGGAGCCAUAUCCCGACAUAAUAUUCUACCUAACAUUAAGACGUAAAACCCUGUUCUACACGGUUAAUCUCAUAAUUCCAUGCGUUGGUAUAUCAUUUCUAUCGGUACUUGUAUUUUAUCUGCCAAGUGACAGUGGUGAAAAAGUAUCACUGUCAAUAUCAAUUUUACUGUCAUUAACCGUGUUCUUUCUACUUCUCGUUGAGAUAAUACCGCCCACAUCGCUAACAGUACCGCUUCUUGGCAAGUACCUAUUAUUCACAAUGGUCCUAGUGACACUGUCAGUGGUUGUGACAAUAGCGGUAUUGAAUGUUAACUUUCGUUCACCGGUUACCCAUCGCAUGGCUAAGUGGGUGCGCGUUGUGUUCAUUGAGAUACUACCAAAGUAUCUAUUCAUUGAGAGACCGAGUAAAGAUGAUAAUGGUGAUGGAACUAAUGGUGAUGAUUAUGAUCCUGAUGAUGCUGAUGACAAACCGCCCGAAGUCAUACUCACCGAUGUAUUUCAUGUACCACAAGAGACUGACAAGUUUGAUCCGUAUGAUAAACGAUAUAGUGACACUUAUGAAAUUGCUGAUUUACCUGGAUUACCAGCUAUACCACCGGUCCCAGUGUCAUCAGUACCGACGAUACAGCAAGUCGUCAGGGAUAGGUAUGAUACAGCAGCUGGGCCAGUUUGUCCUGUUGCACCACGUUUUGACGAAUCACCUUCAGGUAUACAGCUGACAGGUGCUGAUGAUGAUAUUUUUGCACCAACAAGUCCUGGUUAUGUACACGAGGAUAUAAGUCCAACGUUUGAAAGACCGCUGGCGAGGGAGAUCGAGAAAACGAUCGAGGACGCCAGAUUCAUUGCUCAACACGCCAAAAACAAGGACAAGUUCGAGGGCGUUGUAGAAGACUGGAAAUACGUUGCAAUGGUUCUAGACAGAAUAUUUCUCUGGCUAUUUACAGUCGCCUGUGUUGCCGGUACUGUACUCAUUAUUCUACAAGCGCCAAGUUUGUAUGAUGAGACAAAACCAAUAGACGUUAUGUACAGUAAAAUUGCCCAGAGAAGAAUGAUGCUGAUGAACAUGGGCCCAGAGGAGGAUGACUAGUUGACCUUUAUUUGCGGCAUGAGUACCGCGUUUAUUGAUACAAUCGCUCGUGUUACAUCGACGAUAAAUAAUGUCAAAAUGGCUACUAUUAUUUUUACUGGGUGGGCCCCAGUAUCUAUAUUGCUGUUGUAAUGCAUAACAUGAGUCAACAUAUUGCAUCGUUAAUAGUUGAAACAAUCUGGUGGUGCUCAAUUGUCCCUGGGAGGCUCUGGACACUUUGGUGCGGUAGAUUAAAAAAAUGAAAACACUUUUUACUGUCGUUUAAUGGCGCUUGAAAGGAACGGCACGUUCGCGUGGGAAUCACGAACGUUUGAUAAUUGAAAAAAUAAAUGAUGAAACAUUGAGGAAACUAACUACUGAACAAUCAAGUCCGUUCUUGCCGUCCAAGUCUUGGUCAUUUUUUUCUAUGAUCAAGGACUCGAAUGUGACGGGGCUGGGAUAGCAAACGAACAAUUGAUGUUCAUCGGGAGUUUUAAAGAAAGUGCCAAAUAUCCAAAAAUUAAAAAAAAAAAUAAAAAAAAAAUCUAACGUAUUUUUGUAAAAUCAGGUUUCAUACGUAAGGGGCUAUAGAGCUAUCGCGGCGUUACCCAUGUCGGAAGAGACUUUUGCCGAACUGCCGAUUUUAUAAAUGAAGAAAUGAAACGUUAUUUAAACAGAAGAAAAAAACAUUAAGUAAUACAAUUGAUUAUUAAUAAUUAAUGAAACGAAAAUGUCGAGGAACAUACCUUGGUAAAAAAUAAAAACACAUACACAAUUUCACGAGCAUUUAGUAAACACACGCACAAAAUGAGGUUACGUAGUUGAGUAUGGACGCCUCAUUACUCUUUUUCAAAUAAUAAAACUGAAAUAAUGAUAGGAGGAAAAAUCAAGGAGGGGAUAAGCACGAGAAGAAGACAUUGUAACAAAAUAGAAAAAAAAAAAUACAUUGCUUGUAAACAACUGCCAAUUUCAGGAUGGCCUCUAUCCAAACGGUAGAAGAGGCGUGAGAAUGUGCGCAAGAGGGCGAGGAUGACAGUGGGUUGGGAGUUGAAGGGAAUUGAAUAGAAAUAUUUUUUUUUUUAUUUGAGCGAUGUCGUAGGAGUCAUUUAUGCCGAUGCUAUUGCCUGAUGACAUGCGAAAAGGUCACGCAUUCUUAGAAUAUAAACUUCACCAUGAGACUUUGGGAGCGGUGAAAAAGUAUGUCGAUGGAAAAGAUCAGCUCCGAGACAACGAAGAGGAAACAACUGAGAGAUAAAUGUACAUAAUUUAAAGGAUUAGAGAGGGGUGGGGAAGACGAAACAAUCAUGCUAAGAGAGAUGAGGGAUGAUUGAAAAGGGAUUGAAAUACACUUUCCGCAACAUUUCAAAGCGGGAUAUCGACAGACUUGUGAGAUACGCCUGGACCUUGAUAUCUCGCUGUGAUACUCGGUACUUCAUUUUUUUGGGCAUUGAGUUCAGUCCAACGGAAUUAUGAAAGAAAAACGAGAGUGCUGAGAAAAAAACUAUAAACAAGUUGUUGGAAUUUUCUGCAAUUUAUUAUACAAAAUGAUGAAAAAAAUAUUAAAGGGGGGAAAAUGAAAAACAUGGCGCUUCCAACCCCAUCCCCCUCGCUAUGCGUUUAUAAUAAUCAAUUUAUUUGCUCAUUUAAAGAUAAUGGUAAUGUUAUAUGAAUAUUAUAUAUAUAUUAAAUGUGCGGGUGAUUUCACCAAUCAGUGGGCUAAUUUUUCAUUUCAUCAACGGUUAAUUACAUUUUCUUACUUUGACAAAAUGACGCAUCAGUGAUAUAUGAAAAUCACACUUCCUCAAUAUAAUGUUUUACAUAUUUUCACAAAUUCAAGGGUAAUCGAUCCCUGGUGUCAGGCAAAAAUGGCCCAGAUUAUCAGUUAAAUCACUCUCAUAUUGCACUAUAUAUAAUAGAUAUUAAUGAAAAAAAAACUUUAUUAAAAAUACCAAAAAAUACGAUGGAAAUUGAGUGGAAAAAAAGGAAACAGAAUUGUGUGUACAUGAGAACGAUGAGAAAGGGAAUAAACAAUAAUCAUUUGUUGAAUUGUGAGAGGAUAUUAGGACGUUUUUUCGUAAUAUAUCACGCUUAGCGACAUCUCGGUGGGACGCGAGAAUAAUUACCCCAGCAUUUUUUGUAAAUGUUUAAUUACUAAUACUUUCAAGCAAAUAUCCAUAAAGGAUUUUAAAAAAUUCACAAAGUUCUUUUUCUCGAACAUAUUUCAAUCAUUUGUGAACGCGACGACUGUACGAAAAAGAAAAUUGAGUGUGAAUGUCUGUAAAUGAAGGUGUGAGUGAUAUGGAGAACGUGACAGCAGAAACUGCAACAAUAAUAAUAAUAAUAAUAAUAAUAAUAAUAAUAAUAAUAAUAAUAAUAAUAAUAAUAAUAAUAAUAAUAAUAGUAAUAAUAAUAAUAGUAAUAAGUCGUAAAGAAGGGAUUGUGCUAAAGAAUUUCGAAAUAAACGUUUAAUACGAGUGUAAUGUAAAAAUGGGAAAUUAUAGGUGAUAUCGAGUUCAUGUCGAACUAGAAAAGCUGCUGAAGCAAUUAAUCUGAGACAUCGUCGCCUCGAUAGGAUCGAUUGAUUGACUUCAAUUUCUUUUAUCCACUUUUUUACCAAUAAGGGAGUGAAAAAUUCUCUUCCUUGAAUAAUGUUUUAUUUUUAUUUUUUCGCGCUUCAAACAACCAGUUUGUCAUCGCGUCUGGCAGAUCUGGAACAAGUGUUUAUCCUUUCCAAGUGAAUAGGCAACUCAACGUCAAUCGCAUUUACCGAAUGAACAGGAGACAAAUACCAUACGGGGUCAUUAAAGAAAAAUUUUUUCCACGACUUUUCAAGGUUUCAUUAUUAUUUGUGAGACAAAAAUGAUCGAAGUGUUGAUGACAAUAUCAAAUUGGUUAUUUUCGCGGUCUAGUGCUGACGAGCACGUGUUAAUGUACGAUUGAAUGAUAACGUUCGAUAAAUAGUUAGAUAAUGGAGAUGAAAUUAGCAAAUUUUUUAAUGAAAAAAGUGUAGAUAGAGACCUCAAAGAAAAACGCUCAAUAAUUGUUAAAUGUCAGAAGCUCAAAUCCAUGACACUAUUCGCAUUUUUAUAAAAAUCAAUUGAUUGUAAUGAUUUGUUAAGAGGUUUUCCAUUUUUUUUUCGAUUUGGCGGUUAAUGUCUGAUAAUCAAGCGUUAAAUUAUCCGCGUUAAUAACGAUAAACUGCGAUAAAUUAGGAGAAUUUAUCGGGGAAAGUGCAAUCAAUAUAGGUAAAUGAUUAUUUGUAGACUACGAUAGGAUCAAUGCACACGUGGAUUUCACGGCUAGAGAGUAAUAAUGAUGAUUAGAGUUUAAAUUCACUUAUUGACAGGCAAUUAUCUCCUCAAACCAAUUGUACAUAAGAUGAAUACAAUCAAUCGAUCCCGUCACAGCUGUUACUCGAAUGUUUGUGCGAUUGGCAGAGAAGAUUGUCUCAAAGGUCGGCUGAAAAUAUAGAGAGAAAAAAAUUACAAGAAACUAUCGCAUGUCUUCCUGGGAGUAGCCUACGUCGUAAGACUAUUGCUCGCGUCUCGAACUUUCAUGUGCGAGUCGAAACAUGAGUAAAUACGCGGCGGUACGUCGAGGAAGCGGGAUGAGGUGUCAUAACAGCUGCUCUUGAAUGCUUUUCAACGGCAAUGUAGCUCUACCUUUCUUGUUUGGCCUCACCUAACUCUCCGAUCUCUUGGCUUCUCGAUUGAAUUAGUGAGUGUUCACUUAUCUGGAACGAAGGCCACCCUCAAUUCCUUUUAUAACAUUAACAAAAUUCUCCAAUUAGUGCAUAUUUGAACUAGUACAUCCAUCAAGUAUUAACUACAGAGUAAUAGUAAUAUCACGAUAAUCAUCCUCUACAAUAUGACUCAUAUGAAGCAAUCUUUGUCAAGCUGCAUAAUCCUAUUGUCUCAUUUCUGUUUUUCACCGGAACAAUUACGAUCCAUCUAAAAUAGAUGCGUAACAUCGUUGAUGGGGACGAGUACAAUACAUUGUUAAUUUCAAUCGAUAAUGCCGUAGAUUCGGACUUGCACCAGAUGAUGCCGUCCGUAAAAUUAGCUACGAAUGGCCGAGGAAAACAAUAUAUUGCUGCGUUAAAACUUUAUGGUAAUCGUUACCUUCACUUUAACAGUAUCAGUAACACCUGACGAUAACGCAAGGGCCAAUAACAUAGAGCCAACUUAUCUAUUUUUCUGUCGGCCGUGUUUUCAAAUUUAUUUGUCAUUACUCGAACAAGAGCAGUUAACCAUCGUAAUUGUGGGAGAACAAUCAACAGAUUUACAUUAAACUGAUAGUACUUUCAUGACAAUCAGAUCACCAUUGCUCCACGUCGUCAUCGAGACGACUGCCCUAUUAGAUAAACCUGAUGAAGAGUUGAGGAGAAAUAGAAUUUGUGAAUAAUUUAAUGAAUCGAUGGAGGAGAAGAUCAAUUGCUAGAGAUAUUUCCCCGUCAUCCGAUCCCGUUGUCUUCCUCGACGGGAGCCAAAUGCGAAUAAAUAUGUAUUAUAAAUAAAUUAAAUUAAGAUUAUAUUACAGUUAUGACUCUAAACCAGAGAUAUAAAACGAACGAGAGAUAAAUUCUCGUGUGAUGAAGAAAAUUGUCAUUUUUUGUACACCUCAUUUUCUACAACCAUCAUUGAAAAAUCAUAUUUCGUUAGAUACAUGAUCAUUCAUUCAAAAUAUACUCCAUAGUGAGUUGCAGCUGACCAUCAACAAAUUAUUGAAAAUAAUCAGUGUAUUAAUCACAAUAAUGUGAAUUAUUGUAACUAGAUGUAACCAUAUGAACAUUGUCACUCAAUUUUUUUUUUGUUUAAUCCUGUAAAAUCUAGAUAUAAACAUUGCAAAAAAGUGGAAUUAACUAGGUAACUGAUAAUAGAUUAAAUAGAAAAAUGGAGAAACGGUAUCGAAUCUAUAACCUAAAUGUUUACAAUAUAAAAUUACGGGUAAUUAAGGACAAAAUUCUGGAAUCUUUUCUAACUAAAUACCGAAUCAACUGCUAAUUCGUAUCAAUCCUAGUAUUAACGAUCUACCAAGAAUACUUAAAUAAGGUAAGCAUUGGUAAAUCUUUCAUGAAACGUUUUUUGGUAUACCAAGAGGCAAAUCAAUUGCAUAUAAUCAAUUAUAUGGUGAGAGUGAUUUUAAUGAGUCAAUGAUAUCCUCAAUUCACCAGUUGAUUUCAUUAAUUUUAUUAUAAGACACGAACACGCAAAAUGUUUUUUUUUCAAUCAUGAAUCCCUGAGAAAUUGAAAGAGAAAUCAUUUGAAAGACGUUAAUCCCAGCGCCUCUCAAAAAUUUUAUUGAACGCACUCAAAUAAUUCCUUCUGCAUUACACUCUCCCGAAUGAAUGUUAAUUAAUCCUUAAAAAAAAUUUUUUUAAUCAGUGGUAUGGGGGGUGUGUUUCAUCGAAUCGACUCGCCGUUCCAACUGAACAUAAUAGGCUGUCCAAGCGAUUUGUUGAUUUUUAAAAAUGGUAUGUGAUAUAAUUGUACUUUAAAUAAUCGCAAUCGAACUAGUUAUUCAUUCCCCCAAUUGAAAAAUGUGAUUAUGCAAUUGUAUGUUAUUUUCGCGGGCCAGUGAUCAAGAAAUCAUCGUUGAUUAUAUUUUCUUAUUAUUUAUUUUAUGUUAGUUCAUCUAAUUGAAUUCGGACCUGGAAACCGAUGACACAUUCUUUUGUAAAUUAAAUUUUAAAGAACACCUCACGCUCGUUAUAAAUACGCACAUAGUCAUAUUAAACUCCCCAUUGCAUAAAAAAAAUUUCAUCUGUUGACUCUUAUGUACACAUUCACCUCGUCAAACCUAUUAUUGCUAUUAAUAUAUGGUAUGAGGAAAGAGGGAGGAGGGGGGGGGGGGCUAUGAAAAUGGUAAAAUCGUUAUUGACAAUGUCACGCCCUCAGGCUAUCUCACAUUACCAAAAUAAUAUAUAAAUAUUGUACAUAGAAAAAGAGAUAUGCAUAAAACAUUUUAGUGUCAUAUAUUUACAAUUGCUAUGUAUCUAUAUCUUCAGCUACACAAUUUUCUCACUUGCGUCCUACUAUUAAUUACGUAAUUAACACAUUCUCACGUUAAGAAACAAUAUGACUCAAGGAAUCAUAUUAUUUUUUAUUUAAAUUCUGAUUAAAACAAAGCAACGAACUAAUAAAAAGGACGUAAUUGAAGAAAAAAACUACACACGAUGUACCGGUCUCUCAUUGUCUUUGUGUAUGGCUCGACUAUCAAGUCCGUUCGUUUGCGCUUGCGUCCGUAUGUGUCUUUGAUAAGAAUAUGUGUGUGAAUGUCCGUUAUCCGCUGUCGUGUUCUCAAGAAGUAAUCACAAACCAAUUGAAUGGGUAAUGGACGAUUUAUUUAUUUUUUUGAAUUAUCGAGUGAUAUCCGUCAUUUCAAAUAUCACUCACAGUUCAUACCAUAAUUCCAUUCGACGAUAUGAAUUUUUUAUUUGCUACGAAAAAAAAAAUGAUGGACUCGUAAUUUGAAUUAUUCAUGAAUUUAAUUGACAGGCGUCACUCAGAAACACAUCCACCGGCGAUUCCAGUCCCAACGAGAAGACGUAUACGCGAAAUUUAAAAAACACGAUGAAAAAUGAAGGAGAACAAGUAGAUAGAGAUGAUUGAAAAGAAAAACAUGAAUAAUAAUAAUAGUCGAAUAAUAUUAAAGGUGAGGCUGAGCUGGGGGGACUUAUAGAAGAGAGGAAUUUAAAACGGAGUUAAUUGAGAAUAUAAUAGAUGGAGUGAAAAUGAAUGAUGAGAAUUAACUAAUCAUAAUGUAUGAUGAAUACAAUUUUGAGAGACACGUGUGUGUAUGUCUUUAUGUGUGUACGAGCGUGCAUAUGCGUGUAUGUGUGGCACUGUGUAAAGUAUUAAUUACUUAAAUAAACGCCAUUACUCUAACGGGAAUGAAACAGACGAAAAUUAAUGAAUCCACAAAUGGUGAAUAAAUAACAGGAGACAACAAAAGUAAACAAGAGAAAACACAAUUAUGUAUGGAUAACGAAAAGAAAACUAACCUAUUUAUAAGCUAACGUCUGCAUUCUACACGCAACUAUCCAUCGUAUGUAAAACGAUUCAAAGAAAAAAAAAUAAACGAGUGGUUAAAAUUAUUGUUUAAA